UAUUUUUCCAUAGAAAAGGAGAGAGAGUAGAGAAUAGAGCAUAACCAACACAAAGCUUGCACUCAGCUUUGUUCAUUUCUUCGUUCUCUCUCUCUCUCUCUCACUUCCUCCCUUUCUGGGGUGUUCCCAUUUGCUGUUUUGGACACAGUUUCCAUUCUUUCGAGAAAGAAAUGGAGCGUGCCCGAAAAUUAGCCAACAGGGCUAUUCUCAGGCGCCUGGUUUCAGAAUCCAAGCAGCAGCCUUUAUACCAAUCCUCAAGGUACAUUUCCUCCUUAUCCCCGAGUGUUGUUCAUGGCGGCAGCAAUGUUGUCAAGGCUCAUAGCUUCAAUUCAACAAGUUUGGCACAAUUUGUGGGCUCUCGAUCCAUUUCUGUUGAGGCCCUGAAACCGAGCGACACUUUUCCCCGCCGUCACAACUCAGCCACGCCGGAGGAGCAAUCCAAAAUGGCUGAGUUUGUGGGGUUCAAUAGUCUUGAUUCACUUAUCGAUGCCACCGUGCCUAAAUCUAUUCGCAUCGAAAAGAUGGAGUUCCCCAUAUUUGAUGAGGGGCUGACAGAGGCACAAAUGCUUGAGCAUAUGAAGGAUUUGGCAUCCAAGAACAAGAUUUUCAAGUCAUAUAUUGGAAUGGGAUAUUAUAAUACAUUUGUCCCACCUGUUAUCUUGAGGAACAUCAUGGAAAAUCCGGGGUGGUAUACUCAGUAUACCCCUUAUCAGGCUGAGAUUUCCCAGGGGAGGCUUGAAUCCUUGUUGAACUUCCAGACCAUGAUUACAGAUCUUACUGGUUUGCCGAUGUCGAACGCAUCAUUGCUCGAUGAGGGGACUGCUGCUGCUGAGGCUAUGGCUAUGUGUAAUAAUAUUCUGAAGGGAAAGAAGAAGACUUUUGUUAUUGCUAGCAAUUGUCAUCCUCAGACGAUUGACAUUUGCCAGACAAGAGCAGACGGAUUCGAUCUUAAAGUUGUUGUUUCUGAUGUUAAGGACAUUGAUUAUAAGUCUGGGGAUGUUUGUGGGGUGCUAGUUCAGUACCCGGGGACUGAGGGUGAAAUCUUGGACUAUGCGGAGUUCAUUAAGAAUGCACAUGCUAACGGGGUGAAGGUUGUUAUGGCCUCUGAUUUGUUGGCUCUGACUAUGUUGAAGCCUCCUGGUGAGUUGGGUGCCGAUAUUGUGGUUGGCUCUGCUCAGAGGUUUGGUGUUCCAAUGGGUUAUGGGGGUCCUCAUGCGGCGUUCUUGGCUACGUCCCAAGAGUACAAGAGGAUGAUGCCUGGAAGAAUUAUUGGUGUCAGUGUUGAUUCCUCUGGAAAGCCAGCUCUUCGUAUGGCGAUGCAGACGAGAGAGCAACAUAUCCGUCGGGACAAGGCUACAAGCAACAUUUGCACAGCUCAAGCACUGCUUGCCAACAUGGCUGCCAUGUAUGCUGUUUAUCAUGGACCAGAAGGUCUUAAAACCAUUGCCCAGAGAGUUCAUGGUCUAGCUGGAACCUUUGCUGCUGGAUUGAAAAAGCUUGGGACUGUAGAAGUCCAGGCUCUUCCCUUCUUUGACACCGUGAAGGUCAAAUGUGGAGACGCAAAGGCCAUUGCUGAUGCUGCUUACAAAAGUGAAAUAAAUUUGAGGAUAGUGGACAAGAAUACUAUAACUGUUUCUUUCGAUGAAACUACCACAUUGGAAGAUGUGGACAAGCUGUUGGAAGUCUUUGCUGGUGGCAAGCCGGUGACGUUUUCCGCUGUUUCUCUUGCACCAGAGGUUCAAAAUUUGAUUCCUUCAGGACUUGCUAGGGAGAGCCCAUACCUGACUCACUCGGUCUUCAACUCGUACCACACGGAGCAUGAGCUUCUUAGAUACAUUCAUAGGCUCCAAUCAAAGGAUCUAUCGUUGUGCCACAGCAUGAUUCCCUUGGGAUCGUGCACAAUGAAAUUGAAUGCAACAACCGAGAUGAUGCCAGUUACAUGGCCUGCCUUUGCAGACCUUCAUCCUUUUGUUCCCACUGAACAAGCUGCCGGCUUCCAGGAAAUGUUCAAGAAUCUGGGUGAAAUGUUGUGCACGAUUACUGGUUUUGAUUCUUUCUCUCUGCAACCAAACGCUGGUGCAGCUGGAGAAUAUGCAGGAUUGAUGGUUAUUCGAGCAUAUCACAUGUCAAGAGGAGACCACCACCGCGAUGUAUGCAUCAUUCCAGUCUCAGCACAUGGAACAAACCCUGCAAGUGCAGCCAUGUGUGGGAUGAAAAUUGUUGCAGUUGGAACAGAUUCCAAGGGGAACAUCAACAUUGAAGAGUUACGCAAGGCUGCAGAAUCGAAUAAGGACAAUUUAGCUGCUCUUAUGGUCACAUAUCCUUCGACUCACGGGGUCUAUGAGGAAGGAAUUGAUGAGAUAUGCAAAAUUAUUCAUGACAAUGGUGGGCAAGUUUACAUGGAUGGAGCAAACAUGAAUGCGCAGGUUGGUCUGACAAGCCCAGGCUUUAUUGGUGCUGAUGUCUGCCAUCUCAAUCUCCAUAAAACUUUCUGUAUUCCUCAUGGUGGAGGUGGACCUGGUAUGGGGCCAAUUGGGGUGAAGAAACAUCUAGCACCGUUUUUACCAUCACAUCCCGUGGUACCCACUGGAGGCAUACCAGCACCCGAUCAGUCUCAACCGCUUGGUACUAUUUCUGCUGCACCUUGGGGCUCGGCCCUCAUUUUGCCUAUAUCAUACACCUACAUUGCCAUGAUGGGGUCGAAGGGUUUAACUGAGGCAUCAAAGAUAGCCAUCUUGAAUGCAAACUACAUGGCAAAGCGUCUGGAGAAACACUACCCGGUUCUAUUCCGUGGUGUCAACGGGACAGUCGCCCAUGAGUUCAUCAUAGAUUUGAGAGGCUUCAAGAACACUGCUGGAAUCGAGCCUGAAGAUGUUGCUAAACGUCUCAUGGACUAUGGGUUUCAUGGACCGACAAUGUCGUGGCCUGUUCCUGGUACACUCAUGAUUGAACCAACUGAAAGUGAAAGCAAGGCAGAGCUAGAUCGGUUCUGUGACACUCUUAUCUCUAUUAGAGAAGAAAUCGCAUUAAUUGAGAAAGGAAAAGCCGACAUCCACAACAACGUUCUGAAGGGGGCACCUCAUCCACCAUCUCUGCUCAUGGCCGACGUGUGGACAAAACCAUACUCGCGUGAAUACGCAGCCUACCCUGCUGCAUGGCUCAAGACUGCCAAGUUCUGGCCAACCACAGGGCGUGUCGACAAUGUGUAUGGCGAUCGCAACCUCAUCUGCACCCUCCUCCCAGUGUCGCAGAUGGCCGAAGAAGCAGCUGCAGCAACUGCUUAAGAGCAUGCAAAGGGUUCCUAAACAGAUGGGCUGCCACUUCUUUUCAUCAUCUUUUGUUUGUACAUAACGAAUUAAUGUUGAUGUACUGAUUUAGACAUUCUUCCUUUGAUCCCAUCGAAAAAGAUCAGUAAUAACAAUUGUUGCUGAUUGCAACAUUCCUUGUAAUUACCACUUCUUUUCACGUCUUCUUCCUUCAUUUUUCGGAAAAAGUGAAAAUUCAUAGAGUCCUGAAAAAAUGGAAGAGAAAGUAGGCAUUCUCCUCUU